GCGAGCCCCAACGCAUGGAACGUGGCUGCUGCGGGGAGAACUCGCCGGGCUCGCGUUCCUGGGGCGGUGAUAACCUCCAGGGGGCGCCCUAGAGCCCCCCUCCUGCGUCUCCCGGCCCCGCGGCGCCAGGGCUCAGUCCGUGGGUUGGAAUUUCAUCCAGGCACCAGCCUGGAGCGGGCGAGCGAGUGGCCGGCCACGCUCGCCGGCGAGAGGGGAGCGGCCAGUUCGCGCGCAGCUGCCGGCGCGGGAGCAGCCCCGGCCUUUGAGAAACUUUCUUGGCCGGUCGGUGGCGAGCACCACAGCGGGCUGGGCAGGAGCUCGGAGCCUGGCUGGCGAGCCCCGGAGAGCCCGCCUGCAGCGCGUGGGGCGGGCGGAGGAAACACCCUCCCCAGACAGGGAAACCAGUGGAGAAGUUGGAUGUUUGCAACAGCUGACGAGAAGAUUCCCUGAGUCCUAGAGCGUUCAGCAAAAGGGAAAAAGGGAGAAGAUGAUGAUGUUCCUGAGAGGUGGCAGGAAAUAGUGAAGAGAACUGUGAUUGUCAACAGGAAACCCAAGAUCCUCACCACACAUGACUAUACCAGGCAGUACAUUUCAAACACUCAACAUCUGCAGGGCUUUCUGAUCUGGAGGGUGAAGGUUCGUCUACAUGAGGUUUUUCCUGGGAUCGUAUCUGUCGGAACUCAGUGGACCACAAAUGUGCUUCUGCAUUAUGGUGAACCCGCUGAGAAUCUGCAAGGUUUAUCCUAUCUGCUGAAGCUGGCAAACCCUAUAUUCCGUCUGUCUGUGCCCUCUGUAGUAGACAGCUAAAUCAGCUGAAGGGAAAAGGGGGCAAGAUAAGCCUCCGGCCAACAGCUGGCAGCUGAGUACCCUUCAGAACCCAGACCAUUUUGAGGUGCCUCGGUGGCUGUUUGCAGCACUGCAGAUAUGGACACUGAGCUUCUCUGGCACCUUCUUGCAUUGGCCUGGUCAACCUCACCAUGCUAGUAUAUGGGAAUGAAAACUUCCUCUCGGAUGUAAUUUACAUCAUCCUGGAACUGGUCAUUGCAGUGCUGGCCAUCUUGGGGAAUGUCCUGGUCUGCUGGGCAGUCUAUCUGAACAGCAACCUGCAAAACGUCACCAACUACUUUGUGGUGUCCCUGGCUGCAGCCGACAUUGCCGUGGGCGUGCUGGCGAUCCCCUUUGCCAUCACCAUCAGUACUGGCUUCUGUGCCUUCUUCUAUGGCUGCCUCUUCAUCGCCUGCUUCGUCCUGGUUUUGACUCAGAGUUCCAUCUUCAGUCUCCUGGCUAUUGCCAUUGACAGAAUCAUUGCUAUCCGGAUACCCCUCAGGUACAAUGGUUUGGUGACCAGCUCGCGAGCCAAAGGUAUCAUUGCCAUCUGCUGGGUCUUAUCCUUCAUCAUCGGCCUGACGCCCAUGCUGGGCUGGAACAAAUGCUCCCAGAGGGAAGCUCAGGACACCAAUAACGCCUCGCUCAGCAACUGCAGUAAAAGCAUGGUAGCUUGUCUCUUCGAGACAGUGGUCACCAUGGAGUACAUGGUCUACUACAAUUUCUUUGCCUGUGUGUUGGUGCCCCUCCUCCUCAUGUUUGGCAUCUACCUGAAAAUCUUUCUGGCAGCCAGGCGGCAGCUCAAACAGAUGGAGAACAAGAUGGUACAUGGGGAACGCUCACGCUCUACUUUGCAGAAGGAAGUCCAUGCGGCCAAGUCUUUGGCCAUCAUCGUUGGGUUGUUUGCCGUCUGUUGGCUUCCACUCCACAUUAUAAACUGCUUCACACUCUUUUGCCCGGGUUGUGCCCGUCCUCCCCUCUGGCUGAUGUACCUGGCCAUUAUCCUGUCUCAUGCCAACUCCGUAGUGAACCCAUUGAUUUAUGCCUACCGGAUCAGGGAAUUCCGACUCACCUUCCGUAAAAUUCUCAGGCAGCAUAUUGUAGGCAAGAAGCAGUUCAAGACUGGUACUGCCAGUACUAGGACUUCUACUUAUGGUGGGGAUGGAGAGAAUGCCAGCAUUAGGAUCAGUGAGUACGCUCUGAACAUAUAUGCCAAUGGGGAGCUGGGUGCUAUCCACAAAGAUACUGACAUCCAGGACUUGAGUAAAUGCAAGGCAGGUUUGGAAUGGCACCACAAUGGGAAUUCACUAGACAUGGAAAUAAAUGGGCAUCUCCCACAUUCCUGCAAAAAUGGGGAUCUUUCAGAUGCAUGCGGGAACAUGGAACUUCUUACUGAAGAGCUAAUUGGCACACGUGUCUCUUACUCUGAACUGGAGAACUCAACCUUGGCAGCAGCUGACAUUUCCUGAUGACUCUCACCACGUCUUCCCACUGGAAUGAAAUCUGUUGGGUUUUUGUUUGUUUGUUUUGUUUUUUUCUGUUGGCUGCCUCUGCUAUGGCAGAAAGGGAGGAUGAGGGGAAAAGAGGAGUGAGGCCAGGUCACUAUCCCUACCCAGGACUGAUGAGAAGAUCCAAAGAACUAGACUGGAGAAAGAUUGAGAGGCACCGUUUUGAACAAAGGAAGAGGAGGGACACUAUAGCUAUCAAAGGCCCAACUCAGAGACACAGAGAGAAGAGAGCAAAGGUCAAAUCUGACAUCUGAAUUUUAACUCUGCUCCAGCAGGGUGUGUUAUGACAUUAUGCUGUACUGUGUAUCUGUGGUUGUUCAUCAGUUUAGUGUCUUUACCAGCAGAAAUAAAGGUGUGGCUGAAACAUUUACUACUUCAUGAGGAGGAAGAGGGGGCAGGGCUUUUAACACUGUGGCCUCUAACAGAAGUAGAGUGCCUACUGGUCAGGAAAGAUGCCUAUGCUGCUUGGAGAGUGAAGGGAUUCACCUGGUGGGAACUUUCAGCAUCUUCAACUGUGAGAUUCUGUUUUAAAAUCAGUUUUUAAAGCUUACUAGUGUAACAGGUUUCCUGAUUUUCCACUCACUGCUAGAUCAGUUAUGAAUUAUAUUACAAUGAGCUGGAAUAUGGACAGAAGGUUUUCCUCCCCUGUGUUCCAUGGAGAUGGGCCGCUGGGAAGUUACUUGUGCGUAAGGAGCUAUUAUGUUGUCAGUUAUGAAUGUAUACAAGAGAGGGUGGCUCUAUCCAAGCCUACAGUGUCCAGCUAUGUCCUGGCACAUUGAAGCAAACUGGUAACUGUACUUCAGACCCUUCCAUUUCACCAAAAGAACAAAGAGUAUAUAUGAUGAUUUGAUAGUUUUAUUAUGGGACAAUGGCAGGUGUCUGUGUGCUGUGGGUAACAGCAGAGCAGGGGCAAGGCUGUGUGGGAAGGGCUGAUCAGGUAGUGAUGGCAGGUUUUGUGAAUUGCUGGCAGAUGUGUUGGUAGCAGUGAGAGAUGACCACAGGCUGGGACUAGGUCCAUAUUUGCAAUGUCUUUGUGACUGGUUCUUUCCUCUGUCUAUCUUUGUAUCUCUGCACCUGUGUACGCAGAAUGCCCAUUCAUUUCACAGCCUUAGUUACGUUUUCUCUAGAAUUCCUCUUUUUGCUGAACUUUAAUUUCUCAUCUUUCCUGAAAGUAAAAAUAACUUUUAAAACUGAAGUUGGUUUUAAAGUCUGGAAUUCAUAUGAGCCCAAGUUCAUUAAAACCUUUUUUUCUAUAUUGUUUCAAACAACUCCUGGAAUCUGAUUAACCGUGAAGCCCUGUGUUUCUGUAGCCUGUGGGUGUGCAUUACAAAUGAGUGCGCAUGCAUAUGUGUGCACCGGUAGAAGUGGGGGCAUGUGAGUGCAGUUUGAGAGAGAAAGAAGCUUGUGUGUCAGAGAACUGGAAAACAACCACCAGUGCAGCCCUCCCCGAUCUGUGUAGACACAGCAUUAGCCUUGCCUGCCUUUCUGAUAGACCGCGAUCUAAUCUGUCUCUAAUACAGGGUACAUGACAGUGUGGUGUGUUACAAAGGGGUUUUACAUGUGUUUGGAAUGGCCCCUUAUUUGUAACUGGUGAAGCCACUCAUCCUAAAGGAGGCCAAUAAAAUCUUUAUCCAAGCCCAAUCGGCUUGUAUGCUGCAUCUGCCAUGUAUGGUUACAUAAAGAAACCCUAUUCCAAAGCUCACCUAAAAUAGCUAUUACUGUAACACUGGUGUGGAAAAAAGUCUAGCACAGGGCCUUCUGGGGCUAGAGGCAGGUGUCGUCUGUCCCAUUGGAAAGCUAGGAAUCUCCCCUUUCCAGUGAUCCAUUCUUUGACCCUGAAGCAUUUAUAUAUCGCCACUCAAUCCUGUCUCUGGUCCAGGUCUGAGCGUUGGCCAUCCCAGACCUCAGAUCAGGGUAACUUUUUUUAAGGGGAGAGAUUCUGAAAUUUGGGGGGAAGAGAAGGAAACCCAAUGCUUAUUCUUAUUCAUUCCUUAUUGACAAGCUAUUUAAAGGGAAUUUCCUUUCCGUUGUGCUCCCUGGGUGAAUGGGGAUUGGGGGGUUUAUUACUCUUGAUCUUCCCUGGUGGAAUAUAUUCCUCUACGCUAUGUGGGGGAUUGUGCAUCUCCAACCUUCUGUAACCUUCCAGCAGUGGAGGAAUACAUGAAGGGCUUUGAUCUUUUCAGAACUCUGUUAGGCGCUGAAAUGCUGCUAAGAAUAACACAAGAUGACAUCCUGCCUCCAUAGCAUAACAAUUAGGUCCACACAGAAGCGGAGCAGGGAAGGAAGUGUGGGAAAAUAUCAGCAUUGCUCAUGUGCUGGCGCACACAAGUGCAGAUAGUGUGUGCUGUCACGUUCUGGUGGCUGUCACACAGGGAUCUGCCUGGUGCUAUAUUACAUCAAACUUUACAAGAACCAACACAGGCUGGCUGCCUUCCACUACUCCCCGAGCUUCCUCACACCCAAACGUGCAGUUUGGUUACUACAAGGACAGAGUUGAUCUAUGUGGGUUUAACAAACUUGGGAGGGUCCCACUGGAAAACUCUCCAGCCUAACUGGGUUGUCAUAUAAGCUCACUUGGUCUUCAGCAGUCUCGGAAUUGGCUCCAGUAUUGCUGUUCAGGGCAUUCAACCAGCUGUGUCAAAUGCGCUUUCAUUGUUAACAUCCAGAGCUGAAAGGAAAUGGGGUCUCUGUAGCCCCCAAAAGCUGAAGGGAAGCUGAGGCUGGGAUUGAUUCACGGGUUGUAGGCAGGACUAGGGGAGCUUGCACUAGAUCGGCAUCCCUUCCCCAGGCAGAGGGCAGCUCAGCUUGUAAGGAUUUAGAGAUGAUGCAAGCUCCACAGGGCAGGGACCAUCUUUUGUUCCGGGUUCGUACAGCGCCUACCACAAUGGGUUCCUGGUCCAUGAUUGGGGCUUGUAGGUGCUAUGAUUGUCAUCAUCCAGAAAAGAUGACUAGGGGAUGACAUGGAGCCCAUCAGAUUACACCCGGCCGUCUUUCGGCUGAUACGUGUUAGAGAGAGACCUUUGGGAUAUCUUGCUGGGGAAAUGUCAGACAAGCAGAUGAGGGCUGCCAUGCUCAAGUGUCCCUGUGCUUACUGGACAAUGUUCAGUGGGAAAUCAAUAGCUUUAGGAGCCAGCAUUGCUAGCACAUAGUGACAUUGACAGCAAACGCCACAGACACAGUAUUGGACUCCCUGUCAAGGUGCUGCCAACCCCAAGCGUUGAAAAAUCCUCAGUCAGGCCCGCAAAUACGACGAGAUUUUUAAAAGCAGGGCAUUUGGAGUUCUGUUUAUUUGCCUUCCUCUUUUUGAUCCUUUUUAGGGUUCGUGUUUUCAGGUUUGUCUCCAUAUUUGUGAAUUGGAAGUACAGAUUUAAAUGUGAAACUGUGACUCCAGGAGCUGGGGCUGUUGUGAGGCUCUUUAUUUGAUUGUGAUUGGCAACACUGGGCAUCAACACCUGUAAUCAGACUGUCUGAAAAGAUCCAGAGAAGAGGAGUUCUGUGCAAAGUAUAUGCUUUUCUCCUGACUCUUCUAUCUGUCCUUUUCAACUAUCUAUCUGUUAUGCCACUCUUCUCUCAACUACAAAAAUCACUGGUCAGUACAAAGGUCAAAGAUGAUGUGCUUCUCCCCCUCCCACAUCCUCCUCACUUCCUUUGCAGUGGAGAAUGUUUAGCUGAUGAAACACAGCUGUUCUGAAGAGAAGGGGCCUAGGUGUUCCUCUCCCCACAGAGAGAGCUAUCUAGUGUCUGAUUCUGUGUGAGGAAGAUUCCAUGAAUUUCAUCAUUCCCAGGAGACUAGUGAAUUCCAGAGUUUAUUUGCCUUGCACAGUUUUAGAUGAGGUUCUGCCUGGUUGCCAGGAUUGACUUUAUCAAGAGCCAUUCUUUGGGCCUUUUAGUUGAUAGUGCGCUGUCUGGUUGUGUGUGCGCAAUACGUCACAACUUUAUUCGGUAUAGCAUGGUUCAGACAGUCUGUUUCAAAAUCCUUUGCAGGUGUGAAUAGUACAGUUGCAGAGUUAAACAGCAGAAAGCUAUGUAUCGACAAGACCAAGAUGUUUGAAUGACAGAUAACGUUUGAAAACUGGUGGAAAGAAACAGGAAGAGCUAUUUCAGACAAUGAGUGUUUACCAACGAAAUUGUAAUUUGUGCUGGUCAGUAAGUGAAUGCUUGUGUUUAGGGACAGGUUUGGAAAAAAUACGGAGAUUUUGGAGGGCUCGGGGUGGGGGGGCAGAAAUGUGCUGGAGGAUUCUGGGGCAGUCAGGGGGUAGAAGAUUUGGGGAGAUGCAUUGCGGGUUCCGGGGCACACACAGGUGGCCUGGCUAUCCUGGAUAACCCAUGCGUCCCAUAUUUAUGCUUGAUUUCCCCAAGCAGGUGUAGCUGAUUGCUCCCAUCUGGUCAUUAUGUGGCAGA